UACUUGUUCAGUGUUUCUUUUUCAUGGAAACGAAGAUGUUCUUGUUGCUUCUUCCUCAUCUUUCUACCAUAACACGCUCAGUAGUCAUACAUAAACUCACAUCUUUUAACUAUCGCAAGUAGAAUUAUUUUUUGUAAGAAAUACAUUUGAUCCUGCGAGGAAGCAGUGUUAAUGGUUAUUCGUUAAAAAGAGAAGUCUGCUUUCUCUGUAACUGUUCCAUGCAUUGAGCAGGGAAGACAAGACUGACCGUGGGCAGCAAAUGAGAAAGCAGAGCGACUGAAAACUGGGACCGGCGAGGUUGGGCAGUUUGUUUAUUGGGGGAAGUAAAAAGCCUCGAGAUAAGUGGGGGUCUGGAGGUCCGGGAGAAGCGAGGGCGAGGAGAGAGAAAAACGGGCUAUAAGGUUUGCGCUACUUCGCGUCUCUUCCAAGUUGGACGCUUCGCUGUGACUCUGUGACUCUGAGAGCAGUGUCUUUUGAGUGUGCGUGCUCGCUUCCUUCCAUUGCCUCCUCAUUUCGCUGUUGUUCCGUGUCCAAAAUAUCUUCUUUUUUCCCCCUACCUCUCCAUUGCGCUUGGACGGUAGCCAGCGGCUUUGGAUCGAGUUUGUGCUGCGAAGACGAGGUUGCCCAAUUUCACUUAUUAGGCUUUGUCGUGGCGUUUCUCUUCGGCCUCUUGUUCUUCUCCACUGGCAUGCUCUAAGCUUUCCCCUUUCUCCGACUUCGUAUUCCUGAACUGGAAAGAUCGGUUUUACCGCUCUUCAGCAUUCAGCGGGGAAGGAAACCAUCUGCGACGGGUGCAUGAAGGACUGCCGAAACAAUGAAAGAUGAAAACUCAAAGAAAAGCAAGUCAUCAUGGUCCAAGACAGUUCGAAAAUGGUUCAACAUCAAAAACAACCCUGGGGACUUCCAGGCUGAUGAUGAUGUAUUUGGAAGAGGUGAUGGAGAAUGGAGGACCAACUUCAUGGAGAGGGACACAAGCACAGUGAAGAAAAGCAGGACAGAGAGGCUGUAUGAGAAGAACACAAAUCAUGUUCGGCGAGGAAGAUUUGAUGUUGAUGCUGCUCAUGUUACAGAUGUGAAGGACUACAAGAUUUUUGUAUCGACAUGGAAUGUUGGUGGGAAGUCCCCGACAAAAAAUUUGAAUCUUGAGGAAUGGAUCCAUACUUCACCUCCUGCAGAUAUAUAUGUUUUAGGAUUUCAAGAGAUUGUUCCUCUUAAUGCUGGAAAUGUUCUUGGUUCAGAAGACAAUAUUCCAGCAAAGAAAUGGUUAGCACUAAUUAGGAGGACACUAAACACUCUUCCUAGCACGAAUGGUUGUGGCGAAGGCUGUGGUUUACCAUCCCCCGUUCCAAAUCCACUAGUGGAGAUGGAUGCUGAUUUUGAGGGGUCUUCGAUAAGGCAGAUGAACUCAUCAUUCUUCCAUCGACGGUCAUUUCAUUCCAUGAGUCGUAGUUCAAGAAUAGACAAUGAUGUCAUGGUAAUGCAACCAAGGCUGGAUCGAAGAUUCAGUGUUUGUGAUCGGGUGAGCAUCAAGAGUAGACCAAGUAACUUUGAUCCAUAUUUUAACUUUGGAGCUUCACCCUAUGAUGAGGUAGUUGCGGGAGAAAUAUCAUCUUACUCUGAUUUUUGCUCGCCAAUGUCAUAUUCUUGUGGUGUUCCACGGCAUAUGGAAGAAAGGGAUAGAUUUUCAGUUCUCUCUAGUUCUAGGUACUGCUUGGUUGCAAGUAAGCAGAUGGUAGGCAUAUUUCUGACAAUUUGGGUGCAAAGUGAAAUUAGAAGCAACAUAAAGAACUUGAAGGUAUCCUGCAUCGGGAGGGGAUUAAUGGGCUAUCUUGGAAACAAGGGUUCAAUCGCAAUUAGCAUGUUAUUGCACCGAACAAGCUUUUGCUUCAUCUGUACUCACCUAACCUCGGGAGAGAAAGAAGGGGAUGAACUACGGAGGAACUCAGACGUGAUUGAGAUAUUAAGGAAAACAAAAUUUCCUCGGGUGCACAAAGCAUUCAACGAAAUGUCUCCUGAAACAAUCCUUGAUCAUGAUCGCAUCAUGUGGCUUGGUGACUUGAACUACCGUAUUGCUCUAUCAUAUCAGCUAGCAAAAGCACUAGUUGAGAUGCACAACUGGAGAGCAUUAUUGGAAAAGGAUCAGCUUCGGAUAGAGCAAAGGUGUGGACGAGUUUUUGAAGGAUGGAAGGAAGGAGGGAUAUUCUUUCCUCCCACCUACAAAUAUUCAAACAACUCCGACAGAUAUGCUGGUGAAGACAUGCAUCGAAAAGAGAAGAGGCGAACACCUGCUUGGUGUGACCGUAUCUUGUGGUAUGGCCAAGGUCUUACUCAGCUAGCUUAUUUACAUGGAGAGUCUAGAUUUUCGGAUCAUAGACCAGUAUACAGUAUUUUCAAUGCAGAGGUUGAAAUAAUAAAUUACAACAGAAUCAAGAGCAUGGGUUGUAGCUCUCGAAUAGAGGUGGAAGAGCUACUACCAUACUCACAUGGUUUCACAGAGAAUUAUUAUUGAAGUGUCUGCGCAAAUUCUAAACAAAGGGUUGUUCUGCACUCAGGCCCCAACAAUGAGCUUCCAAAUUUGUGGACCCAGCAUCAAGCAAAGAAAAUAGGUGCUUAUUUUUUAUAAUUCAACAGAUCAAAACUCAGAAUUCCAUAAUGAUUUAUUUUGUUUAAAUUCGAAAAGUUGACAUUACCUCGUCCUACAACCAUAUUUUACAAACUACUUUAAAGGAACUAUAGACAUGUUUCAGACACCGGAUAACCAGAUUUAGCUGACCAAAGAUGAGCAAAUAAAUACCACUACAAGUGCCUUUCGCAAAAGACAUCAGCCACUCAGGAACUGCCAAGCUUGUUUGUUAGUAUUGUCCAAGUUUUGAUGUCUGGAAGAGUGUAGGGAAAUUUUUUUUUCCCUUGUAUUGUGGAGGCACUCAUUGUCAUUUGGAUAAAGGAAUGUAUCAUUUGUGUUCAUAGAGCAUACUUAGGGAGUUGACUGAAGAAGUUUUUGUCAUUGAUGAUCAAUGGUGGUUGCUUU